AUGGCUCACGUUCAGCAAAAGCCCUACAAUGAGGACAAGCUCCCCCAGUUCACACCCAUGAACUGGUCCUUGGGCGAAAUCCGCGCUGCCAUCCCCGCCAAAUACUUCGUGCGUGACACUGCUCGGGGUCUCCGACACGCUGCGCGCGACUUUGUUAUUGGUGCCGUCUUUUGGUACUUGGCUACCUACAUUGAUCCCUUGGCCAAGUCGAAAGCCACCGUUGAAGCGUUGGGGACGAUUGGCGCUGAGGUCUUCAGAUGGUCACUUUGGUCCGUUUAUUGGUGGUUCCAGGGUUUGAACUUCACCGGCAUCUGGGUUAUUGGACAUGAAUCUGGCCAUGGUGCUUUCUCUGCCAACCGUACCGUUUGCGAUAUCGUCGGUUUCAUUACCCACACCCUCAUGUGGACUCCUUACUUCUCCUGGCGUAUCUCCCAUCAUCGUCAUCAUUCCAACCACGCCUCGAUGGAGAAAGAUGAAGUGUAUGUCCCCAAGACUCGUUCAGAUCUUGGUAUCCCUGAGGGACGCAAUGAGGAUAUCGACUGGGAGCAUUAUUUGGGUGACACUCCUCUCUACACCCUCUACAUGCUGGUUCGUCAGCAAGUACUUGCUUUCCCUGCUUACCUCCUCUUCAACGUCUCUGGCCAAAAGUCCUACCCCAAGUGGACCAACCACUUUGACCCCAACUCCGUGCUGUUCAACCCAUCUCAACGUAAUGCUGUUAUCGCUUCCAAUCUCGGUAUCUUCGCAAUGAUUUGGGGAGUCACCUAUGCGUCCACUGUCUACGGGACUGCCGAAGUGAUCAAAUACUACUUCUUCCCAUGGCUCUGCGUUUCUCAUUGGUUCAUCAUGAUCACUUACCUCCACCACACUGAUGAGAACCUCCCUCAUUAUCGCAAAGCCGAGUGGUCCUUCCAGCGCGGAGCUGCCUGCACUGUCGAUCGUCCCUUCUUGGGCUGGCAAGGUCGAUUCUUCCUGCACGACGUCGCGCACUACCACGUUAUCCACCACUUCUUCCCUCAAAUGCCAUUCUACCACGGAGAGGCUGCCACCCAGCACUUGAAGGCGUUCAUUGGCGACUAUUACGUUCGCUCUGAUCAGAAUCCUUUCUCCGCGCUCUGGCAGGCAUACAACAACUGCCAGUUUGUUGAGGAUGAGGGUGACGUCGUCUUCUACAGGAACCGGAAGGGUGAAGCUUACAGGAGGCCGGCCGAUCCUUGGUACACCCCUUCAUCCAAGCCUGCAAAGGUUAGCGCUGAGUGA